GUUUACGUUCGCUUUGGCCCUUCUUGCCCAGCGGUUCUCCCCCCUCCGCCCGGUACCAAGAUGGCGGCAGAAGCAGCUGGUGGGAAAUACAGAAGCACAGUCAGCAAAAGCAAAGACCCCUCGGGGCUGCUCAUCUCUGUGAUCAGGACCCUGUCUACCAGUGAUGAUGUGGAAGACCGGGAGAAUGAGAAGGGGCGCCUCGAAGAAGCCUAUGAGAAGUGCGACCAUGACCUGGAUGAGUUGAUUGUGCAGCACUACACGGAAUUGACGACAGCCAUUCGCACGUACCAGAGCAUCACAGAGCGCAUUACCAACUCCCGAAAUAAAAUAAAGCAGGUAAAAGAGAAUCUGCUUUCGUGCAAGAUGCUGUUGCACUGCAAAAGGGAUGAACUUCGGAAAUUGUGGAUUGAAGGAAUUGAACAUAAGCAUGUCCUGAACCUGCUGGACGAGAUUGAGAAUAUCAAGCAAGUGCCUCAAAAGCUGGAACAGUGCAUGGCGAGCAAGCACUAUCUCAAUGCCACGGACAUGCUGGUGUCAGCAGUCGAGUCCUUGGAGGGCCCCCUGCUCCAGGUGGAAGGACUGAGUGACCUUAGGUUGGAGCUUCACAGUAAGAAGAUGAACCUCCACUUGGUGCUCAUAGAUGAACUUCAUCGGCACCUCUACAUCAAAUCCACAAGCCGAGUUGUGCAGCGUAACAAGGAGAAAGGGAGAGUGAGCUCCCUUAUAAAAGAUGCUUCUCCUGUUCCUCUGAUUGAUGUUACAAACCUUCCUACUCCUCGAAAAUUCCUUGAUACCUCUCAGUUUUCUACUCCUGGAAGCUCAAGUGUAAGGGAGAUUAACCUGCAGGAUAUCAAGGAGGAUUUGGAAUCGGAUCCAGAGGAGAACAGCACCCUUUUUAUGGGCAUCCUCAUCAAGGGACUGGCCAAACUGAAGAAGAUUCCAGAGACCGUUAAGGCAAUCAAAGAACGCUUGGAGCAGGAGCUACAGCAAAUUGUGAAGAGGUCUACAACCCAGGUGGCAGACAGUGGCUAUCAGAGGGGAGAGAACCUCACUGUGGAGAACCAACCAAGAGAGAGAGACCGCAAGAGAGGGGACACAAGCAGGGGGAGUGGGAGAGGGAGAAGCAGGCCUCCCGCUGAGCAGGGAGCCCCGUGUGGGGCUCGAUCCCAGGACCCUGGGAUCAUGACCCAAGCCGAAGGCAGAUGCCCAACGACUGAGCCACCCAGGUUGCUUCUAGAACUGCUGGAGUUGCUCUUUGACAAGUUUAAUGCUGUAGCCACUGCACACUCCGUGGUCCUGGGGUACCUGCAGGACACAGUUGUGGCUCCCCUUACUCAGCAGGAAGACAUCAAAUUGUACGAUAUGGCGGACGUGUGGGUGAAGAUCCAAGAUGUUCUGCAGAUGCUGUUGACUGAGUACUUGGAUAUGAAAAAUACUCGUACGGCCUCUGAACCAUCAGCUCAACUAAGUUAUGCCAGCACUGGACGAGAUUUUGCAGCCUUCUUUGCCAAGAAGAAACCUCAAAGGCCAAAAAAUUCUCUUUUUAAGUUUGAGUCCUCCUCCCAUGCCAUCAGUAUGAGUGCCUAUUUGCGAGAGCAGAGACGGGAGCUGUACAGUCGCAGUGGAGAACUUCAAGGGGGUCCUGAUGAUAACUUAAUUGAAGGUGGAGGAACCAAAUUUGUCUGCAAACCGGGAGCCAGAAAUAUUACUGUCAUAUUCCACCCAUUACUAAGAUUUAUUCAAGAGAUCGAGCAUGCCCUGGGACUUGGCCCAGCCAAACAGUGCCCUCUUCGAGACUUUCUCACCGUGUACAUCAAAAACAUCUUCCUUAAUCAGGUCUUGGCAGAGAUCAACAAGGAGAUUGAAGGAGUCACCAAAACAUCUGACCCCUUGAAGAUCCUAGCUAAUGCGGACACCAUGAAGGUGAUGGGGGUGCAGCGGCCUCUCCUACAGAGCACAAUCAUUGUGGAGAAGACAGUGCAGGACCUCAUGAACCUGAUGCACGACCUGAGCGCGUACUCGGAUCAGUUCCUCAACAUGGUGUGCGUGAAGCUGCAGGAGUACAAGGACACCUGUGCAGCGGCCUGCAGGGGCAUUGUCCAGUCAGAAGAGAAACUUGUCAUCAGUGCAUCUUGGGCAAAAGAUGAUGAUAUCAGCAGACUCUUGAAAUCUCUACCAAACUGGAUUAACAUGGCUCAACCCAAACAGCUGAGGCCAAAAAGAGAAGAGGAAGAAGAUUUCAUAAGGGCAGCCUUUGGCAAGGAGUCGGAAGUUCUCAUUGGGAACCUGGGUGAUAAGUUAAUCCCUCCGCAAGACAUCCUCCGUGAUGUCAGUGACCUCAAAGCUUUGGCCAACAUGCAUGAAAGCCUGGAGUGGCUAGCAGGUCGAACAAAGUCAGCUUUCUCCAAUCUUUCUACAUCCCAGAUGCUGUCUCCUGCUCAAGAGAGCCAUGUGACCAUGGAUCUGCCCCCAGUGUCGGAGCAGAUCAUGCAGACGUUGAGUGAACUUGCCAAAUCUUUCCAGGAUAUGGCUGACCGCUGCUUGCUUGUCCUGCAUCUGGAAGUCAGGGUUCACUGUUUCCACUAUCUCAUCCCCCUUGCAAAGGAGGGGAACUAUGCCAUUGUGGCUAAUGUGGAAAGUAUGGAUUAUGACCCUCUGGUGGUCAAGCUCAACAAAGACAUCAGCGCCAUUGAAGAGGCCAUGAGUGCCAGCCUUCAGCCGCACAAGUUCCAAUACAUAUUUGAAGGCCUGGGUCACCUGAUCUCCUGCAUCCUCAUUAAUGGUGCCCAGUACUUCAGGCGCAUCAGUGAGUCUGGCAUCAAGAAGAUGUGUAGGAACAUCUUUGUCCUGCAGCAGAAUUUGACCAACAUCACCAUGUCGCGGGAGGCAGACCUGGACUUCGCAAGGCAAUAUUACGAGAUGUUAUACAACACGGCUGACGAGCUCCUGAACCUGGUGGUGGACCAGGGCGUGAAGUACACGGAGCUAGAGUACAUCCACGCCCUGACCUUGCUACACCGCAGCCAGACUGGGGUGGGAGACCAGACCACCCAGAACAUGAGGCUGCAGCGGCUCAAGGAGAUCAUUUGCGAGCAGGCUGCCAUCAAGCAAGCCACCAAGGAUAAGAAAAUAACGACGGUUUAAUCGAGCACACUGCUGGGCGGGGGGGGGGGGGGGGGGGGGGGGGGGGGGGGGGCGCUAUUUUCGUUUACUCAGUCACACUUGCUUCUUUCUCCGGUAUGUUAUUUGGUAUAUUCGAAGCAGACUUGCUUUUCUCUGCACUGAUACUUUAGUGGAGAGAAGACAAGACGAUACAUUUUUUUCCUGUCUCUUUACUUUGGGCUUUUCAUAUAAACUGUAACGGGAGUUUGCAGUACAGAAUGUUUUGAUUUAACGUCUACUCUAAUGCAGUCAGUUCCAAAGGGUUGAGUGACUAGGGUGGGAUGGGAGGAAGGUUGUAUCAAAUUGGACUCUGAAAAAAUGAAUGCACAAAUUACCACUCCCCAACCAUCUUUAGAAAGCAGACUGCUCCCUCGGUUUCAGUCCCUUCUUAAAACACUUCAUAGGGUUCUCUUACACCAAGAGCAGGUCUUUACUCUCCUGACCCUGUCAGUUUACAAUACAGUGAAAUAAGCAUAUGUGCAUUGCUUUUUAUCUCUGUUGCCAACAUCAAAUCAGUGGCUUCUCAGCUGGCUGUAACUUUCAGCAAGUUUUCCCAACCAAAACAGGACCUCUUCAGGGCUACGGGGCAAAGUCCUCUUAUCCCAGCCCCUGGGCGAGUUUUGUGUGCGGGCGUUUGUACACAGAAUAUAGUCAGUGUAUUGCCUUUUCGUCUUUACUUCUGCAUCAAAACCAAGAGCCUUCCGAUUAAUCACAAAAAUGGAAGAAUGAAAGGCAGUCCACCCUCCUCUUGAUCUUUUAACCUCUAUUUUCCAAGAGUACAUAACGGGUAGAGAACUUUUACUCUCAGUUAAACAUUGUUUGGAUGUGAGUGAUUCUUAGAUGCUUACUUGCUCUCGAUGUGAGCCCCUAGGUCUUUCUCACCUUAGAAAGAUGCCCUGGUCCACUCAGCUGAGUGCACGGAAGAUGGGACAGCGUGACAUUCGACCUCUGUGCACCCACCAGCGGAGGCCAUUUCUAAAGUGUUCCCAGGUGGUUUGGGUGCUCACCUCUCCUGGCACACUGAACCCCGCCAUUGCCCCCCAAGUCUCCAAGCAUUCCUGCUACCCAUGGUUGAUAUGUCACAGGAGAAAGCAAGGCACUGACUGGGACACACCUUGGAAACAUGUGGAGAGGAGAGCAGAAAGGAUUUUAAGCAUACACGGCAGCUGGGCCUCACAUUGUGAUGAUCCAAAAUUGUAUACCCGUUUGUACAGCUUUGGUCUUGGUGGGAAAAACAGAAAAUUAAAAAAUGUUUUGAGAAGCUGAAA